AUGCCUUACACCGGGGACGGGAGGAACAGCAGCCUCAGGUUAGCAGACAGCAGUCCGAGGGGAGGAUUGGCGAGCUGGCUGAGCGGUACUGCGGCGGGGAAUGCGCUAGGCAUGAUCUCGACCAAUUCGCAAGAGAUGCCGCGCGCCCCGACGUUAGACGUUACUCCGGACACGACGCCGACGAAAACGCGGGGGAGCACCAACGCGAGUGUUGGUGCAGUAGAGUCGACGACACCGAAAAGCACCGUCACGGCGACGGCGUCGAGGUUCAUGUCGGCGAUCUCAUCCAGAUUCACCCCGGUAGCGCCCACAAAUCCGGCCAUGCUAGACGAUGAGUUAUGCAACCUUGACGUCGAGGCCACCCUGUUUGCUCCGGGAUCGCCCGUGGACCGCGACGCCUUCUCCCCAGCUGCGUUCAAGAACCUGCAGUUAAAUGCAGUGGGCCUGCUGACCAGGAUGCAGAUCGCAUACCGCGAACGUGUGGUGGCUCUACGAGAUCUGCAGGCCGAGCGGUCGGCGCAGCGGGACGAGCUUGAGGAGGCCGAAACGAGGGCACAGCACCUGAAGAUGCAGCUUGAGGGCAUGGCGUUGAAGGCACAGGAUCACGAAAGAGCCAUGCAGCAGCUGAUGGACGAGCUUGCCGCCGAGAGGAAGGUGAGAGCAGAAGAGCGCAUGGCUCUAUUGUCCCGAGAAAAGGCCUUCGCGGCCCCAAUGUCGUCCGAGGGAUCCGUGCUGUCCGAGGACCUUGGCGUUGACGAUGAUCGCCAACAGCGAAGGUGGAAGCGGAAGAGCGGAGGCUCCACGACCGAGUCAGGAGCCGGCUUUGACACGGAUGAGGAGAGUGCGGGGAGCGAGAGCGUGUUUUCGCGGUGCCGGAGCCCGACCCACGGCGCCAUAGACGGGAGUUUGAUGGACGCAACAACGUUGCUACAGCAGAGGAGCAGCAGUUCCCUUGCGCCGCCCCCGUCACUGAGGCAGCCGAGGGCAGGCCAGCAGCAGAUAAGCACGUUCCAAAAGAUCAUCAAAAACAUUUCUGGCGAGACGGAAGACGCUGCGGGCACCAACGGCUGCAGAAACUGCAAGGGUCAGGACGCCAGCAUGGCCUGGGAUACUGUCAGUCUGCUCAGAGACGAGAAUAGGCAUCUAAAGCAUCGAGUAGGCCAGCUGGAGGUGGCGGUGGAGGGAGCUUUGGAUUUCGUCAACGGGAUUGGGUUAUGA